CGACUGAUAGGCAGCGCUCGAGCUUCUUUUGAACAAAGUUCCUGUCUCUGUUUAAGCUCAAAAACAGCUGAAGCAGACUCGUUUUGAAAUAAAUGAUACCGUUUUACGUUACAUUUCCUUCUUAAAUGAAUGAAAGGUUCCAGAGGACAGCAGUUCACCUGCGGCUGAGAGCGACACCUGCCUCAGGUACUUUCUUGAAAGAAGGUGCGGCGGGCAUUGAACGGAAGUGUUGCUCCCAUCUUCCACAUUUGGACUGCUUUUAGAGUAAGUGGAUUCAAGCGGAGCAUUUAAAGCUAUGUGCUCCAGUGGGCAGCCUCUGUGUUCGGGAAGUAGGCGUUCACCCACCAAUGAGGGCAAUAGCUCAGGGUCCCAGUAUGCUCUCUGUGCGCUGGGUUUGGGCUUGGUGGCACUUGGAGCUGUCAUGAUUGUGUGGACGAUAGUCCCUUCUGACGUGGUACAGUCGCAAAAUGGUACAGCCCCGGGUCUGAACAAUGGAAAAGGUGAAGAUGGAAAGACGACAUCAGUUGCUUAUGUGCUGGUGGGAGUUGGAAUAGCCAUGUUGCUUCUCGCUUUAUGUUUGGGGGUGAGAAACAAAAAGCGCAGGAGACAGUCUGAAACUGCAGGCGUACGCAGUCCUAACUAUGUGGGCCGUGAGCAUGAGGCAUCAAACGAAGAGCCAAAUCCCAGUUUAGAUGUACCAACCUAUGAGGAAGCGGUCACCAGUGGACAGUACCCAAUUAGGCAAAGCAACUUGAGACAGAGCUACCAGCUGCCGUCGUAUGAAGAUCUGAUCGCCGCUGUUGAAAACGAUGGCCAGCAACCAAGUGGAGGUAAUGGCCAGGAGGCUCCAACCCCCGGACCCCAGCCCGCAGUCCCCAGCUCCCAGCCAGCACGCAGUGGCAGCAGGGCCAGCCGCAUCCUUAGACCCCUCAGAGUGCGCAGAAUCAAGUCAGAGAAACUCCAUAUGAAGGACGUUCGUCUUAAUAUCCAAAGUCCCGCACAAGGUGGGGUGGUGACCAUUGAACCACUCACCCCUCCGCCAAUGUAUGAGGAUAAGCCACCUCAACUCCCCACAGAACCAGUGUAAUGAAUCCAGCACUGGGUUUACAGUCUACUACAGAUCUUUUGAUGAUGUGGAUCCUUCGUUUGCAUCCGUGGCUUGUUUACAUCUGCGCUCAUUUUACAGGAUUGCAUGCUGAUAAGUUAACAAGCCAAAGGAGACAAUGAGAGCUAUAAAAUAUCUUCCAAAUGAAAAAAUAUGAUGCAUUCACAUAAGCUCUCUAUGCUUAUUGUUUGGACCAAACACUAAAGCCUACUUGAAUGUGUUUUAACUGAACUUUUCGAUUUUAAAGAUGGGAUUACAGAAGUGGAUUUGCGUUUAACACUGUAUAAGGAAGGAUAUAAACGGCAAAGUGUGCAGAGUUUACUUCUAAAAACUACAUUGUACAUGGCAAAAAAAAAUCACUUUAUACAUGGAUAUAUCAGUUGUCAUGGACAAGUAAAAAUACCAAACUCUAGCAACUGUUACUGUAAAACUUUAUAUAAGAAAGGGGAUAAUAAACGUACAAAACUUCAAAGACUACAUGUGUAAUUGAACAUGAUGAAAUGCAGGCAUGAAAGAAUAAAUGCACUUAUUUUAAUUUUUAUUAGCCACUAUAAUUAUAAUCUGCCUAACAAACUAACUAAUAUGUCCAGCACAGUGUAUAUUAAUCCUAAUAAUAAUUCAAUAAUUGUUUUUUGCUUGUAUUAACAAUGUGCCAGUGUUAAUUCAGUUUGAAAUCAACUUUGUCACUGCUUGUCUGGAUGUGUAGUUUAGUUUAUUUAAAGGGUGCAAAGUGAAGACAAAUUCCAAAUUAAUUGUUGUGUUGGGAAUUUAUCUAAUAAUCUCAAUUUCUGUGUUUCAUUGAGAAUUUAAAGACUGAGGGGUCGUUGAACCUUAAGUUGAUCAGACAAACAACUCAACCAGCACCAAAAUAAUCUGAUAUACAUUUCUCAAUAAUGCAGCGUCUCUAGAUUGAACAAGCCACUGUUGAUGAUUUUUUUAUUCUGUAUUACUGCCUUAAAUUGCCUCAGGCCGUGCAGGCAACACCUUGUACUACUAUUACUAUUGAAAUGUUUGUAAAGGGAUGGAGUGGAUUGUGGUUUAUUAUUAUAAGUAAGUAAUAUACAUUUUAUGAUGUUUUAGAGCAGUCGUUCCUUGUAUUAUAAUUUAUUUUGACAACUUGAAAAACAAGUGGGCCUUAAUAAAGUUGUUCCAAUUUUUUCUAACUUGA